GUGGUCUCCUUCUUUUCCUCUCUCCCCCUUGUGUAAUGUGUAUUGCACUAUUGCUUGCUGCUCUGUCUACUCUGAGCUACAGGCCUGCAGCAUCGUUUUCGGGAUAUUGACCAUCAGCGAACUUGCUCUGACCAACAACACUUUGGUGUCAGUUUGGCUUCACUAAAAUGCAGUCCAGCCCCUUGCUCCUCGAAGAACCCAUCAGGAUGGCUUCCAUCCUCGAGCCAUCAAAGCCUUGCUUUUUCCCAGCGAUGACAAAGAUUGUUGGCACACUGGGUCCAAAGUCGCGAUCAGUCGAUGUGAUUUCGCAAUGCCUUGAAGCUGGAAUGUCUGUGGCAAGGUUUGAUUUCUCAUGGGGUGAUCCAGAAUACCAUCAAGAGACAUUGGAAAAUUUAAAGGCUGCUAUCAAAAGUACCAAAAAACUCUGCGCGGUUAUGCUAGACACUGUGGGUCCAGAACUACAAGUUGUCAACAAAACUGAGCACCCAAUUUCCCUUCAAGCUGAUACAUUGGUUGUCUUAACGCCGGAUCAAGACAAAGAAGCUACUUCAAAUCUUUUACCAGUAAAUUUUAAUGGGCUAUCAAAGGCUGUGAAGAAGGGUGAUACUAUUUUUAUUGGUCAAUACCUGUUUACAGGAAGUGAAACGACUUCUGUGUGGCUAGAGGUCAAAGAUGUGGAUGGUGAUGAUGUCACUUGUGUCAUAAAAAAUUCUGCUACACUUGCUGGCUCUCUUUAUACUCUACAUGUCUCACAAAUUCGUAUUGAUCUUCCUACGCUUACUGAUAAGGAUAAGGAGGUAAUAAGCACAUGGGGGCUUCAGAACAAUAUAGACUUCUUGUCAUUAUCAUACACUAGACAUGCAGAAGAUGUUCGUCAUGCUCGUGAGUUUCUCUCUAAAUUCGGUGACCUCAAACAGACACAAAUUUUUGCAAAGAUUGAAAAUAUAGAGGGAUUGACUCAUUUUGAUGAGAUAUUGAGAGAAGCUGAUGGUAUAAUCCUCUCACGUGGAAAUUUGGGGAUAGAUCUGCCACCAGAGAAGGUGUUUUUAUUCCAAAAGGCUGCUAUUUACAAGUGCAACAUGGCUGGAAAGCCGGCUGUUGUUACACGUGUCGUGGACACCAUGACUGAUAAUCUAAGACCUACCCGUGCUGAAGCAACUGAUGUUGCCAACGCUGUGUUGGAUGGCAGUGAUGCAAUUGUUCUUGGGGCAGAGACCCUACGAGGAUUAUACCCAGUGGAGACUAUUUCCACUGUUGGGAAAAUUUGUUCUGAGGCAGAGAAAGUUUACAAUCAAGAUUUGUAUUUCAAGAAGACUGUCAGAUAUGUAGGAGAGCCAAUGAGCCAUAUGGAAUCAAUAGCUUCCUCUGCGGUUCGGGCAGCAAUCAAGGUUAAGGCAUCUGUUAUUAUAUGCUUCACCUCUUCUGGAAGGGCUGCAAGGUUAAUUGCAAAGUACCGGCCAACCAUGCCUGUAAUAUCUGUUGUCAUUCCUCAACUAAAGACAAAUCAACUCCGAUGGACUUUCACCGGAGGUUUUCAGGCAAGACAAUCACUUAUUAUUAGAGGCCUUUUUCCUAUGCUAGCAGAUCCACGUCAUCCAGCCGAGUCUAAAAGUGCAACAAAUGAAUCAAUCCUCAAGGUUGCUUUAGACCACGGCAAGGCCUGCGGUAUUGUAAAGCCACAUGAUCGUAUUGUUGUUUGCCAGAAAGUUGGCGACUCGUCAGUGGUGAAGAUUAUUGAGCUCGAAGAUUAGAAACCUCAUAAUUUUGAAGGAUGUAUUGAGAUAUCGCUUGUGCUUGUUUUAUUUUGCUUUCCAUCGAUGUAUAACUAAUAAUAAGCCCAAAGGUAUGUAAUGUUCAAGUAACCUCCAAAUGCUUCCGACAAACUUGACUGAUUAUUUAAGGAUUUAGAGUCGCUUUGCAGCAUCACCUAUGUCGUAUUUUGUAUUCCCCACUUAUCUGCAAUAAAUAACGAAUCACCAAUGUUCA